UUUCCCAAAUUCUCCACCGCUAAUAAGCAAAGCAAAAGCGAAACAGCAGGGAAAAGGAGGAGUCGGUGUCCAAAAAACUGGGUUAAAGCCAUGCCCGUAUAGCCAGACUAUCAAUAAUAUUGUUGGCGACCAUUAUCUCCGACGAGCAGUGGUUGGAGGAGGAGCGUCGGCAGACGGGCUAAUAAACAAUGGAGCUACGCGAAUUGCGCGGUGGAAAUGGAGGGAACGUCGCAGGCGGAGGAGGAGCAGCUGCGCCGGGAACGUCGGGAGCAUCGGGAAACGGAGCUCCGAGUCCCGAACUCGGUGGCAUUUGCAUUGGCGGCGCCGCCGGAGGGCAGCGAAUGCCCACCAAGGCGGACAUAUUCAUGGAGCAACUGAACGCCACCAAUGCCAAGAAGGUGGCUCUGCUCCUGGUCCUCGGAUUCAUCGUCUACCACGGCCUGCUCAACUGGAACUACGGCAGCGACUCCUGUCAGUGGCUGCUGUCCAAGGGCCGCUUCAAGGGCGACAACGAGUGGCAGCCGUACGGCUGCAUGGUGCACAAGUACUCCCUCACCGACACCAGGCGCUGUUUGCGUUACCUCGCCUUCUUCGACAACAAGAACAACUUCGUGUUCAUCGGCGACGAGAGCGUGCGGCUGCUCUACGAGCGCUUCGUGGAGCAACUGCGUCUGCCGCUGGCCGCGGAUGAGGUGGCCGAGGAGGAGGACAACAACGCCUCGGCCACGGAUGGCUCGGCCCGCUUCGAGGACAAGAAGCUGCACAUGCUGGCCCAGUACAUUCGGGCGGAGGAGGUGAGUCCGACGCUGGUCGAGCAGCUGUACCGCCUGGAGGCCGAGAAGCAGCUGUCCUCCGUCUACGUGGUGGGCUUCACCUAUGCCGGCCUGCUAGCCGGCAACACGACGGACGAUGUGUUGCGGCAAUAUGCCGCCAAUCUCACCCUGCUGGUGGCGCCCUUCCAUCGCCUGGUGGCGCAGACAUCGCGGGUCCUCUGGAAGCUGGCGGAUCGCGUGGACGAGGAGAAGCUGCCGCAGAGUUGGAAGCUGCUGCAGAACGAGCACAUUGACCGACUGAAUCACGUGGCCAGGGGCGUUUUUCGCUACACCGAGGCCAGCGUUUGGGAGUCCGCCUGGCACAUUGCCAACGGGCUGCUGGACAACGCCAUCGAUGGCCACCAGCUGUGCGCCCAUGGCCAGCGACUGGAGGUGCAGCUGCUGUGGAACAUGUACUGCAACGACUAUAUGAACUACAACGAUGGCACCUGCUGCAGCAGCUCCGAGCCGCACACGACGCUCCAGAUAGUGGCGUACGCCCUGUUCGGCGUCUGCAUGACCCUCGUGUGCGGCAUGUGCCUGCGCCGGUGGCUGCUCCACCUAAGGGGUCAAACUUUAUAUGUGCCAUUGCAGCAGCAGCAUUCGCAUGAAGGCGGAGGAGCACCUAGUAAUGCCUUAUCCGCACUGAUAACCGACUAUGGCACGCCCAUGGUGGCGCUAUCACUGCUGGGUCUGAUUCUGGCCUAUUUCUACCUCUGCGAUCGCACCAACUUCUUCAUGAAGGAGAACAAAUACUACUCGGAGUUCAGCUUCUGGAUACCCGUGGGCUAUGUCUUUGCCCUGGGACUGUUUUUCACCGAGGAUUCGCGGUUUACCAAGGUGCUGAAUCGCGAUCAAACGGACGAGCUGCGCGGCUGGAUACUGCUGGUGGUGCUGAUAUACUAUAUGACCGGGGCGCAGCGAGUGCUGCCCAUUCACAUGCACAUCAAGCUGCUGAUCUCGGGCUACUUCUUCCUCACCGGCUACACACACUUCACGCACCUGUGGCAGACCGGCGGCAGCGGCUCGCUGUUCGUGCGCUUCUUUCAGGCCAUGUUCCGUGCCAACUUUCUCAGCGUGCUGCUGUGCUUCUGCAUGAACCGGCCGUACCAGUUCUACUACUUUGUGCCGCUGCUCUCCUUCUGGCUGUGCGUCGUCUACUUUGUGCUCGCCCUGCCGCCGCGCAUCUCGUCCGCCUCGGUGGACGCCAAUCCGCUGCACUAUCUGUACUUGGUGUGCAAGUGCAUCGGCUGCCUGGGCGGCAUCACGGUGCUCUUCAUGUCGGAGGUCUUCUUCGAGCGGAUCUUCGUGACGCGGCCGUGGAAGGCGCUGUUCGUGACCACGGACGACGACCUGCACGAGUGGUGGCACCAGUGGAAGCUGGACCGGUAUACGGUGGCCUUCGGCAUGAUCUACGCCGCCUGCUUUCACAUUGCCCAGAAGUACAAUGUGUUCGACGACAACAACCAUGGGAAUCUGUUCUCGCGGCGGACCUCCAUAUCGGUCACCCUGCUGGCCCUGCUGGGCGUCGGCGUGUACACCUCGUUCUCGUUCCUGUGCCGCAACGUUCAGAACUGCGAGGAGAUCCACUCGUACAUCCUGUUCAUCCCGAUCGUGGGCUAUGUGGUGCUCAGGAACAUCUCGGGCAUCCUGCGCACCCGCUACUCGGCGUUCUUCGCCUGGUUCGGUCGCAUCUCGCUGGAGCUGUUCGUCUGCCAGUAUCACAUUUGGCUGGCCGCCGAUCGUCAUGGCGUCCUGGUGCUGCUGCCCGGCUUCCCCACGCUCAACAUGAUCAUCACGUCGUUCAUCUUCGUGUGCGCCUCGCACGAGGUGCAUCGCCUCACCCAAAUCCUGCUGCCGUACGCGGUGCCCAGCGACUGGCGCCUGGUCAUGCGCAACUUUGUCAUCUUCCUCAUCGUGCUCAUACCCGUCGCCCGAUCGGACGGCAUGUUCUGAUUCUGAUUCUGAGCGAUCCGCAAUCAAAUUGCCGCCCAGGUACCAGGUGACCAGUGACCCAAAGUAUUCGAUAGAUAGCUAGCCUUCGGCCUAAAAAGCAAUAAGAGCGAACACAAGUGUUUAACGACAGGGUGGAUCGGUUUUAUAAGCUAGCUUUAAAAGUUUACAUCUUCAAGCCCCUUUGCCAUAUCUCAAUUCUUUCUAAAAGAUAUUUAAUCUUAGGACCGUAGGUCUAAUAUUUGUUUCACGCAUUUUUGUUAAAACCCAGACAAGACAAUAAUUUAAUUUGUUAAUGUUGGUUCGGAAUCAAAUUACGUUUCACUCCAGGCAUAUUUAAUUAUUGUAUCCUUACAAAUCGAACCACCCUAGUUUAUAUAGUGCGUGUCAUAGCUAUAAGAAGCAAAUUGUAGCCAAGUCUCGAAAAGGGAACUUAAACUUAACUUAAUUAUUUCCGCCAUUUCUU